AUGGAGCUUAUAUUGGGCCAAAUAGCCAAUUAUUGCCCUGUAAUUUCCCGAAAUACUAUUGUCAAAAACUCGACAUCUUUGAGCAUUAUUUGGCAAGCGAUUCGGGCUCACUUUGGGUUUCAGUCCACAGGUGGUCAUUUCUUAGACUUUAAUAACAUUCACUUAGAAACUGACGAGCGUCCGGAAGACCUUUACCAAAGGCUUGUUAGCUUCAUUGAUGACAAUUUGCUCAAAGCUAGUGGUGGUAUUCGACACCAUGGUCAAAACGUUACAGCUGAUGAAGACAUCUCCCCAACAAUGGAGAACAUAAUUGUGUUGACAUGGCUACGCCUUAUCCAUCCUUCUUUACCAGCCCUAGUCAAACAACCCUACGGUGCUGAACUUCGAUCACAAACUGUCGCGUCCCUCAAACCUGAAAUUUCCCAAGCACUAGACUCCCCCCUUGACGAAAUUAAACUCUGCCAACGAUGCAAAAGUCCUCCGUACUGCUUUCCAACAAUCCCUCAACCACCCUCAAUCCAGUUGUCGCCGUCAAUCCUGUUGUCGCCGACAGCCCUACCACGGAUAUCUAAAACCUCAACACAAAGUUGCCCUUUUUGCAGACAAGCAGGUCGACAACACCAACACUACCUGAGUAGGUGCCCCUACCUCCCAGUCGAAGACAAGCAAUACCUAUCCCGCUCAAGACAGGUAGUCGGCACAGAACCGGGGGACCCGCUAUCUGACUGCGAAGUAGAAGACUCACAAGAUUCCCACAACUACCGAAUCAAGACUACCACCAACCGAGUUAAUGUUAAGCAGUCACCUCAUCUCCAGGCCUUCUAUGCCCAUCACCCACUACUCUUGACAAUAGACACAGGAGCAGAAACAAGUAUGAUAAAGACCAGCAUUGCCAAUGAAAUUGGAGCUACUAUACAGAAGACUACUCAGAAAGCCCUCCAAGCAGAUGGUAUAAUCCAGCUAGUCGUCGUCGGAGAAGUCCAUUUGACUUUGUCUCGUAACCACCUUAAUUAG